GACUUGCCCUCCAUCCCAGAAGCAGGACAUGCAGCACAUCUGUACCAGGAUGUCGUCAUUGGAAACGGAUACCCAUUCGGCUCAUAUAAACUCGGCAUUCAUGAGGGGGACCUGGAGGUGGGCAACAGCUCUUCCCUGGCUUCCUCCAUAUCGGUGCUUUGCAAUUUUUCCGUGGUAUCCCCUAUUGUGGCCGGCCCUUUGUUCACGUGCACCUCGUCGUCCUGUUCGGGCCCUGGGCUGGGAGAGGGUUCUCAGGCUUGCCGGGCACAGUUUCAUGCAACGGCUUCGAGCAUCCAGUUGGGGGGCAGAGUCGGCACAUUCUGGGCGCCAGCCUUGGCAACACCGGCGUGGGCACAGUUCCUGUUUCCAGCAGUUCCGCAGGGGGCCAGCAACAUCACCAUGCGCUUCACGAUGGACUCCCGGUACCGCCCCGAACUGUACGGUGGCAACAGCUGCAGGAAUGCCACAGCGAGCUAUAACUGCACUCUGUGCACCCGAGGAAGCUGGGAUCACUCCGCGGAGCCCGGCGUUUGGGUCCUCUGGUCGGCGGCCGGGCGAAGCGGGUACCUCACCAGUGGCCCCCACGGGGCCUUGGGCGAAGCCUUCGAUGCAGGUGAGAUGACGCAAAUACUCCAGCCACCUCCAGAGUUGAAUCUUCAAGCUGGCGAACAUCCUGUGAUCGCUUUCAUGACCUUCAGCCAGUACCCGGCCUACGGAGAGAUAGUUCGGGACAGCAGCGGCCGCUGCAGUGUGGAUUGGAGCGAUGAGGGAGAGCACACUUUCAAGGACAAGCGCUUCAUGGUGGUGGAUGCUGAGCUCAUCUACCGGCAAGCACUGGCCCUCCCAAGUGAGCCGCCGGCAUCUCAUCCGAGGCUCUUUGGGAGUGACGACGCCUGGAUGUCGCAGCGCGUGCGUCCCUUUUUGGAGGCCCUAUGUGAGCCCCUGGCUCAAGGGGGCGUCGGCUGGUUUGAAGAUGCCGGUGUGGCGGACGUGAAAGGCCACUUUGAGCUCUCGGCCAGAGGCUUUCGCUCCUGCCAUGAAGCCUCGAAGGAUGGUGGCGACAUUGCAAGCUAUGGGCCUGCAGGCAAAUACCUUGAGUUCGACGGAAGCUCCAUGCCAUCAUACACAGAUGGACUGAAAGUUCUGCACCUACUCCGUCGGCAGUGGGCCUGCGCCGACAGUGGGUCGGGUUCGUUCGAGUCGUGUGAGUAUAAUGGCACCGAGACAGAGAGACUUGCUCAGGCUCUCCUUCAAGUUGACAGAGUCCGAUUCAACACGACCACCUGGACUUGUGGUGUCAGCUGUGGUGCUGCAUCCGGUGAGACAAUCUUCGAUCUGACAACCGCAGAGCCCGUGAACUACUUCAGUACCUGGUACGACGUGCUGGUUAGCCGGUCGGGCUUGUUGGAUGCGGUGGACGUCUCGCGGGUGUCCGUGGCUUUGAAGGAGCAGAUGGGGCUCUUCGUGUCGGCCUUCAACACCGGCCACUGGAGUUUGUGGAACGGCAACAACUGGACGCCGCACCUUUGCAUCGCUGCCAUGGCUUGGGCUGUCAGCUUCUGGCAUGAGGAGAACGAGAUGGCAAGGGAGGUGGUAGCCAUGAUCAACGACAUCCUUUGGUUGCAUCGGAGUAUGUUUACAGCCGAUGGUGUCUAUGUCGAGGGCGUUGCGAUGUAUUCCUUCAUGUCUGUCACGGGCCUCAUUGGGAUCUCUACCCUGCAGAAGGCAUCCUUCGGGUCGGCCCCCGAAGCCGUUGACGAAGAUGCCCUGACACGACUCGUAGACUUCCACCUUGCGAGCAUGUCAACAGAUGCGUACACGGUGGCAUUCGGGGACUCCCACCGGAAGAGAGGAUGGGGAGACUUUUCCACGUUGCAGUCGGCGCUGGCACCCAAGAUUGUCCGUGAUUCUGAACAAACCGAAGCCUUGACGCCCUGUGGCGCGCGGGAAUACUGCGCAGCCCUUUACGGCAGUGGAGGGCUCUAUGAAGAUCCUUGGCGGAUUAGCCCGGAACUCUUGUCGCUGAAUCUGACCGACCUGGUGCUACAGUGUUCUGUGUCUGCAAGCCAGCCUCUGGGGGCCCAAACAGUCAGAGUCUUCCGCGACGGCGGCUAUGCAUCCAUUCGGACGCCGCUGCUGGCGGCGGAAAGCAGCUUGCCGUGCUUUGGCAGCGGUCAGACGGAGAUCUGCGUACAGCGGAGCCCCUCCCUGGCCGACAACAUUCCCUACUCCUUCCUCGCCGUUCAGGCUCGCCCCAACUCGCAGCCCCACUCGGAGGUCGACUUCGGCACCUUCAUCUGGACUGCUUGGGGGACGAGCCUCAUCUCCGAGUAUGGGUAUGGUACCAUUGCAACUGCUGUCGGGCCCUGGGACACGAGGAGGUACGAGUACAUUGACAACAACCCGGCCGGCCACAACACGCUGGUGGUGCGCGAAGCUUUCAAAGAUCCAGAAGAGAGGAUCAACUUCUCGCAGCUGCACCUGUCCGCGGGCAGCCUGGUCUCUUCCGCCACUCGUGUUGACAGCGGCGAAGGCGAGUGCCUGGAACUGGACGGAUCGGUUCCCUAUGGAGCUUCGCGAACUGAUGGCUGGUUGGAUGUGAUGCGAAGGUAUGUGUGUCCGAUGUCAGAUGGCGCCUUCGUUUUGAUAGACCUGUUUGCCGUGAAGCGAAAUCGGACAUCACUGCACAUCUAUGGAGCGCAAUACGGUGGGCCCAACUUUGAUGAGGCAGAGCCUGCAAGCAGACGGCUGCACAUUGAGGAGUACUUCCACACAGAGACCAGUGCACCCUUGGCCACGGAUUCUGACGGCAACCGCCUGGCAGAGGAGUUGGAGUUCGACCGCGACUCAGAUCCCAGUGCCUUCAAGUGGUGCUCCCACGUGGAUCCCGUGGUAUUGGAUGCAGGCUCAGUGGCCCUCUAUGCCAAGUGUGGGCUUGGAGGCUUUCGGCCAGCUGACGGCUGGGGAUUCAUUCGCGGUUUCUCUGUCUCCGGUGGUCAUUUUGUUUAUGAUGGCUUGGUGACGACUGUUGACACAUAG